CACCUAAUCAAAGGAUUUCAUUGAGAAAUACAAAAGCACAAAAACUUUCUAAUAGAACUAAUUUCAACUCUGCAUUGAGUGAAGCUGACAAAAUCACAGAAAGAUUGGCUGAUUGUAUAAAUAAUUCACAAAUAAUAAUUGCAGAUAUCACCAAAUCUAUCAGACAAAAAGAACUUGGUAAAGGUUAUGUUACAGAUUCAGAUGGUAAUGAAUCAGAAUUUAAACACGAAACUUGCUUUGUAAAUCCUCAAUUCAAUUAUGUAAAUAGAAAUCCUAAAGAAGUUAGGUGA